AUGUUUGCUGUAAGCAAACAGCCUAAUGAAAACGCUAACUUGAAAGCAGGUCCAGCAGUUUUGAGCAAGGAUUCCUGUUCUACAUGGGGUGGAGGCCAUUUUUCAACCUUUGAUAAAUACCAGUAUGACUUCACUGGGACUUGCAACUAUAUCUUUGCAACUGUAUGUGAUGAAACCAGCCCAGACUUCAACAUUCAGUUCCGCCGUGGGAUGGACAAAAAAAUUGCAAGGAUCAUUAUUGAGCUUGGACCUUCUGUUGUCAUUGUUGAGAAAGGCAGCAUUUCUGUCAGGAGUGUUGGAAUUAUUAAGUUGCCUUAUACUAGCAAUGGAAUUCAAAUAGCGCCUUAUGGACACAACAUCCGCCUGGUCGCCAAGCUGAUGGAGAUGGAACUAGUUGUCAUGUGGAACAAUGAUGACUAUCUCAUGGUUUUGGCUGAAAAAAAAUACAUGGGGAAAGUCUGUGGAAUGUGUGGAAAUUAUGAUGGUUAUGAAUGGAAUGAAUUUGUGCGUGAAGGUAAAUUGCUGGAUACGUACAAAUUUGCUGCAUUACAAAAAAUGGAUGAUCCAUCAGAGAUCUGCCUGUCUGAGGAGAUACCAAUUUCCACUGUUCCUCACAAAAAAUAUGCCAUGAUCUGCUCUCAGCUACUUAAUUUGGUGUCACCAACCUGCAGUGUGCCAAAGGACGGGUUUGUCAUUCGUUGCCAGCUUGAUAUGCAGGACUGCAGUGAGCCAGGACAAAACAACUGUGCUUGCUCUACACUGUCAGAAUAUUCAAGGCAAUGUGCUAUGUCCCACCAGAUGGUGUUCAACUGGAGAACUGAAAAUUUCUGUUCUGUGGGAAAAUGUUCUGCAAACCAAAUCUAUGAGGAAUGUGGUUCUCCAUGUAUUAAAACCUGUUCCAACCCAGAGUACAGCUGUUCCAGUCACUGUACCUACGGUUGCUUUUGUCCAGAAGGAACUGUUCUUGAUGAUAUCUCCAAGAAUCGAACGUGUGUUCACAUUAGCCAGUGUCCAUGUACACUGAAUGGGAAACCAUACGCUCCUGGUGAGACAAUGGAAGCAACAUGUAGGACCUGCAAAUGUAUGAUGGGUCAGUGGGACUGCAAAGAUUUGCCCUGUCCUGGAAGGUGUUCACUGGAAGGAGGCUCCUUUGUUACCACGUUUGAUUCUAGGUCGUACAGAUUCCAUGGGGUUUGCACUUACGUUCUCAUGAAGAGUGCCAGCCUGCCACACAAUGGAACCCUAAUGGCAGUAUACGAAAAGACUGGUUAUUCUCAUUCCGAAACGUCACUUAGUGCUAUAAUUUACCUAUCCACAAAGGACAAAAUUGUGAUUUCUCAGAAUGAUCUCCUCACAGAUGAUGAUGAACUUAAGCGGCUGCCUUACAGAUCAGGAGACAUUACUGUUUUCAGACAGUCCUCAAUGUACGUUCAAAUGCAUACAACCUUCGGGCUGGAACUUGUAGUUCAAACAUCACCUGUGUUCCAAGCCCAUGUGAAAGCUGGAUCACAAUUCAAAGGCAGAACACUAGGUUUGUGUGGCAAUUACAAUGGAGACACUACAGAUGACUUCAUGACUAGCAUGGAUAUCACUGAAGGGACAGCCUCCUUGUUUGUAGAUUCCUGGAGGGCAGGAAAUUGCCAUCCUGCUUUAGAGAGAGAGACUGACCCUUGUGCUUUGAGUCAACUAAACAAAAUAUCUGCUGAGACUCAUUGCUCCGUUCUUACCAAGAAGGGUACAGUGUUCGAGAAAUGCCAUGCUGUGGUCAACCCUAUUCCUUUCUACAAGAGAUGUGUCUACCAGGCCUGUAACUAUGAAGAGACCUUUCCAUACAUUUGUUCUGCUCUGGGAUCAUAUGCACGAGCAUGCAGUUCAAUGGGUUUAAUCCUUGAGAACUGGAGAGGCAGUAUGGACAAUUGUACCAUUACUUGCACUGGCAAUCAAACAUUCAGCUACAACGCUCAGGCAUGUGACAGGACAUGCUUGUCACUCUCCAACCGAGCCCUGGAAUGUCAUCCAACUGAUAUUCCUGUUGAAGGCUGCCAGUGCCCUGAAGGACUGUACUUAAACCACAAGAAUGAGUGUGUUCGUAAAUCUCAUUGUCCCUGCUAUUUGGAAGAUAGAAAAUACAUCCUGCCUGACCAGUCAACAAUAACUGGUGGGAUCACCUGCUACUGUGUUAAUGGAAGGCUAAGUUGCACAGGCAAACCUCAAAAUCCUGCAGAAAGCUGCAAAGCUCCUAAGAAAUACAUAUCAUGUUCUGACAAUUUAGAAAACAAGUAUGGAGCUGCAUGUGCCCCUACCUGUCAGAUGCUGGCUACUGGAAUUGAAUGUAUACCAACUAAAUGUGAAUCAGGCUGUGUCUGUGCUGAUGGCCUAUAUGAAAAUCUCGAUGGCAAGUGUGUUCCAGCUGAGGAGUGUCCAUGUGAAUAUGGUGGCCUUUCUUAUGGAAGAGGUGAACAAAUCCAAACUGAAUGUGAGAUCUGCACUUGCACAAAAGGCAAAUGGAAAUGUGUUCAGAAAUCAAGGUGUUCCUCAACUUGUAACCUUUAUGGAGAAGGCCACAUCACCACUUUUGAUGGACAGCGUUUUGUGUUUGAUGGCAACUGUGAAUACAUAUUAGCUACGGAUGGCUGCAGUAUUAAUAGACCUGUUUCCUCUUUCAAAAUUGUUACUGAGAAUGUCAUCUGUGGGAUAUCAGGAGUUACAUGCUCCAGAUCCAUCAGCAUUUACCUUGGGAAUUUGACAAUCAUACUGAGAGAUGAAACCUUCGCUAUUUCUGGGGAAAAUCCUAGUGUACGAUAUCAUGUGAAAAAGAACGCCCUUCACCUGAUGUUUGAUAUCAUUAUCCCAGGAAAAUACAACAUGACCCUUAUUUGGAAUAAGCACAUGAACUUCUUCAUCAAGAUUUCCAGAGGAACAGAGGAAACUCUGUGCGGUUUGUGUGGGAACUAUAAUGGCAAUAUGAAGGAUGAUUUUGAAACUCGAAGCAAGUAUGUGGCAUCAAAUGAAUUGGAAUUUGUCAAUUCUUGGAAAGAGAAUCCUCUCUGUGGGGAUGUAUACUUUGUAGUGGAUCCUUGUAGCAAGAACCCUUAUCGUAAAGCAUGGGCAGAAAAGACAUGUUCUGUCAUCAAUGGCGAGGUUUUUUCUGCCUGUCACAAUAAGGUGAAUCGGAUGCCCUAUUAUGAGGCCUGUGUUAGAGACUCUUGUGGGUGUGACACUGGAGGGGACUGUGAAUGCAUGUGUGAUGCCAUUGCAGUCUAUGCCAUGGCAUGUUUAGAGAAAGGUAUCUGCAUUGACUGGAGGACCCCUGAGUUCUGUCCUGUCUAUUGUGAAUACUACAAUUCUCAUAAAAGAACAGGAGUUGACAGUGCUUAUUCCUCUGACUACAAUGAUGAGAAAUGCACCUGGCAUUACAGGCCUUGUAAUUGCCCAAAUCAAAACUACAAAUAUGUCAACAUUGAAGGUUGUUACAACUGCUCUCAUGAUGAAUACUUUGACCAUGAAGAGAACAGGUGCAUGCCAUGUGGAGAAGAAAGCACUAGCACCACAAUUGAAACAUCUUCACCUUCACCAGUAACAACAGUGCAGCCUAAAGUAACAGGAAGCUCUGCUGCAAGCACCCUACCAACAGUACCUAGUGCUUCUGCAACUGCUGGAUCAACUGAGAUUACAAAUCCAACAAUAACUGCAAAAACUACAGUUCCGAGAACUUCACCCAUACAACCUCUUGUCACAACGAAGUCAACAACUGAACAUACAACAUCAAUUUCUACCACAUGGAACAUGACUACAACCAUCACUACUCCUUCCAUAACUACCACAACAAAGAGAACCAUGACCAGUAUACCAAGGUCUACACCUGCUGCCUCAUCAACCGCUGCUUCAACAGAGACAGAACAAGUACGGUUCACCUCACCAUCCUUCAAGACCACUAUCAAAAAGGAAAUGACAACCUCCUCAUUGCCUACUCAAACCCUGUCUCAGAGCAUAACUUCCAGCGAGCCUAAACUAACAACAGCAGGCAGUGAGGAAAUCCAAACAACCACUCUGCACCAACUAGAAGUUGUCACCCACAUAAGAACAUUGACACAGCCUGUGCAGCAUCUUGUCUCUCAGACACAGACCACCCCUGCCACGUCCACCAGCAGCACCUCUGUCCCAAGAGAGACCAGUCCUGCCACCAGCCCAGGAGUUCCACUGGCAAGGACAUCUCCAAGCCCGAGCUCUUUGCCUGACACCUCAGCCUCAUCUGCUUCUUCCCUCUCCUCAACUGGGUCCUCGACAUGGCUGGGAACAUCACAUCCUGGUAAGGCUUCCUCAUGCCCUUCCUGCUGCUCUGUCUGCUUCUUCCAGAUCCCAUCAUUCUCUCCUAGGCAGCCUGUGUCCCACACAGGCCUCAGUUUUGCCUUCACCCAUAAAAAGUCAACCGUGCCACACACUGAGCCAACGCUGACCACGCAGAAGACCACAGCUGCCACCUCCAUCAGCAGCACCUCCAAGACCUCUGUCUCCACAGAGACCAGCCCACCAAGCAGCACAGAACUCCCUCUGACAACAACAUCUGCAAGACCCAGCUCUCCACCUGCCCCCAGCAGCCCACUCAGCACCCGGCUGCCAUCUGCUCCAACUUCCACAGUCUAUUCCACAGCAGCUCCAAGCACCAGCCCCAGGCCUACACCUACAACUCUGAGGCCCAAGCCCUCAUUUCCAAUGACAAGUGCUCCACAAGAGUCUUCUACAACAGAGUCCUCUGCACCCACCACAGCCAAAACCAGCACAGUGCCAUCUUCUGCUCCUUCUCCCUCCUCAGCUGUGUCCUCAACAUUGCUGAGCUCCACACAGAUUGCCUUCACCCAUAAAAAGUCAACCGUGCCACACAUUGAGCCAACUCUGACCACACAGAAGACCACGGCUGCCACCUCCAUCAGCAGCACCUCCAAGACCACUGUCUCCACAGAGACCAGCCCACCAAGCAGCACAGAACUCCCUCUGACAACAACAUCUCCAUAUCCGAGCUCUCCACCUGCCCCCAGCAGCCCACUCAGCACCCGGCUGCCAUCUGCUCCCACUUCCACAGUCUAUUCCACAGCAGCUCCAAGCACCAGCCCCAGGCCUACACCUACAACCCUGAGGCCCAAGCCCUCAUUUCCAAUGACAAGUGCUCCACAAGAAUCUCCUGCAGCAGAGUCCUCUGCACCCACCACAGCCAAAACCAGCACAGUGCCAUCUCCUGCUCCUUCUCCCUCCUCAACUGUGUCCUCAACACUGCUGAGCUCCUCACAGCCUGGUAAGGCUCCUCCUACCUAUCCCACUGCUUAAGCCUGCUUUCCCUUUUCCCUUCUUCACUUCUCACAGAGCAUGUACCUUGCACUGUUGUUUUAGUUUUUGCUCUCCAUUCCCGAUUUUUUUCACAUUGGCACAGUAGUGUGGCCUCACUUUGGUACUGCCAUGUGGCACUGGUCUCUCCCACAUAGCCUGGCCUUUGAAUCUCAGAGUCGGCAGUCCAUACACUCUGCCUGUUCCAUGAAGGCCUAGAUAUGCAUAUGCAGAAAGGAUCCUUUUCUAGGAAGAGGCGGGGGGAUCUCUACCUGUAAGAAGGCUCCCUGUCCAUUUCCUCCCUUUCUACGGGAGAAACCAGGCAGCAGCUUGGAGACAGGACCCACAGUCCCAGUCCUCUGUCUUUCACAGGAAUAAUCAGUGUAGCACAGUGCUGCCAUUUUUG